CUGGUGCGCUCAAGUACAACAAGCAGAAGAUGAACGAGGGCUUCACGUCAACUCACAGGUCGGGUUUGGUGACUCCAGGCGGGCCGUACGUCCGCUCGGCUUGGGGCAAAGAAACGACUGCAAAUCCCAUCAACCCCAUAAACACGGGGUCGCUUUUUGAAUCUCCACCAGUCUCUCUGAAAGCCCGGCUCGCACUUUUGAGACGCGUCCAUGACAGUCUCAGCGACAUCAUGGGACAGGUUAAUGGUCUCUACGGAGGCUGCCUUUUGGCAAGCAUCAGUUUCAUUUUCUGCGGCGUUUUGUCCCUCUCGUACUACGUGGUCAACAACGCGCUCUACCCCAAACCUGGCGGUGGCAACAGCGUCGUGAUUAGUUUGGUCCAAUCAAUUCUGUGGCUUCUGUAUCUGAGCUCCCGCCUGAUUGCUCUCGCUUGGGCAUGUGCCAGCACUACAAAGGAGGCCCAGCGAGCAGGCCCGCUGCACCAAAAGUUGACGAGGAGGACGCUUGACUCCAGCACCAAAGAGGAGCUCCACUUAUUCUCUACUCAACUGCUACAAAGAGAUAUUGGAUUUUCUGUCUGCGGCCUGUUCCCUCUCGACUUCACUUUGCUUUACACGGUUGCGGGAGCCGUGACAACCUAUCUCGUUAUCUUGAUCCAAUUCCAAUCCGUCCAGCCUAAUCCAAAAAACCAAAAUGUGACCUCAUCAAGCACCAUCUCUCCCAUGAGCACCACCCAGAAAUCCAAAUAAAUAUUAAAUCCCCUCAUUUAUCCUCUGAGUCAACAAGUUUAGUUUUUAUUCUGUUUGUAUGAGGCUUGUUUACUCGAUCGUAACGAAUCAAUUUCCCCUGGCCCGGCGAUAGGUCAGCCCCUUAUCGCCUCUGUGCACACAACAAAGGUCAACAAGCGAGCCAUAUUUAAUUUUCUUUAGUGUGAGCUUGAAUGAGUUGUUGUAAAGUCGUAUCUAUGUGGUCGCGCUUAUUGAUUUCUUGCUCUCUGCUGGCAAGUAUUGAAUGUUUCCUCCGGCCGUGCGAGUCAGAGUCGAGGGAGAUUUUUUCCUUUGACGGAAUAUGGGACUUCAAAUUGGCCCUGAUGAACGACCCUGAGGUCGGCAUGCGGGAAAAGUGGUGGAAGAAACGUCGCCUUGGAGGAGGGGACGUGAUUUUGAUGCCUGUGCCAAGCAGCUACAACGACAUCACUCAGGAAACGCGGAUUCGCGACCACAUCGGAGUGGUGUGGUACCAGAAAUGCGGAUAUUUGCCUGAGAGGGUAAAAAAUCGCUCUCGCCGAGUCGUUCUUCACUUUGGCAGCGUCAACUACCGCUCUGUCGUCUGGGUGAACGACGUAAAAGUGACGGAAAACAUUGGCGGACACUUGCCGUUCGAGACGGAAGUCACUGAUUUGCGAAAAGCUGGCAAAAUUUGCGUCACAGUCGCGGUUAACAACACCUUGACCCCAAACUCAAUACCGCAGGGAAAGGUGGUUCACUACAAAGACAGGCAAAAAUAUCCUGAGGGGUUUGUCACGCAAAGACUGAAUUUCGAUUUCUUCCACUACGCUGGGAUUCACCGGUCUGUGAUUUUCUACACGACCCCUUUCGCCUACCUCACUGAUGUUACAGUUUUGACAGAUGUCGAUUUCAGUUCAGAUGCACCCAUUGGAAUCAUUAAUUUUGAAAUUGAAUUUGAUGGGCAAACCGCUACGGACACGUUCAGAUACAACGUAAUUCUACUGGAUGAAAACGGAAAAGAAGUUGCAAAUUCAAUGUCCAACACUAAACUGAGUGGUGAAAUGAAAGUCGAAAACCCAAAAUUGUGGUGGCCCUAUCUGAGCCAGUCUGAAGAAAAAUACGCUUAUCUUUACACUUUGCAGUUUCAAUUAAUCCCUGAAAACGACAUUGCGCCCCAAGACAUUUACAAUAUGAAAGUUGGCAUAAGAUCUCUUGAGUGGGACCAGUCCAUGCAAAAUACUUUGCUCAUCAACAACAAACCGUUGUAUAUCAGAGGAUUUGGACGGCAUGAGGAUGCUGAUAUAAGGGGCCGUGGAUUUGACUUAGCGAUUGCGCUGAGAGAUGCGUAUUUGAUGCAGUGGAUUGGGGCAAAUGGAUACAGAACGUCGCAUUAUCCAUACAGCGAGGAAAGUUUGGACAUUGCGGAUCAAUUCGGAUUUGUGGUCAUUGACGAGACGCCUGCAAUCGGACUCUCAAACUUCACGAAUCGUUUGCAGAAACAGCACUUGAAGGUGACAAAUGAGUUAAUAGCAAGGGAUAAAAACCACCCAAGCGUGAUUAUUUGGUCUCUGUCCAAUGAGCCAUUGACUCAACUGCCAACUGCAGACGAAUACUUUAAGGAGCUGGUUCAAAACGUUUCAAUGCUUGAUGCUACAAGACCUGUCACAUUCGUCACGAGCCAGCAGUGGAACAACGACGUCGCAGUGCAGCACAUGGACAUUGUCUGCGUGAACAGAUAUGCUGGUUGGUACGGAGACGAGGGCCACCUUGAACUAAUUGAAAGACAGACAAUAUCUGAAGUAAAAAAUUGGUACACAAAAUUCGGAAAGCCUGUCAUUCUGUCAGAGUACGGAGCUGGAGCUCUCUCAGGAUUUCACUCUCUGCCCAGUGCAAUGUGGACUGAGGAAUUUGAGGCACAGACCCUGUUCAAGCAUUUCUCUGCUUUUGACAAAUUGUAUGGAUGGGAUAUGCUUAUGGGGGAAAUGGUGUGGAAUUUCGCAGACUUUAUGACGCCCCAAGAGACAAUUCGACCGACUGGCUGCAUGAAAGGCGUUUUCACCAGAAAUCGUCAGCCCAAAAUGGCAGCCUAUAUUUUAAGGCAGAGAUACUGGCAGCUUGCUCACAAACACUGCUCAUCGAAUUUUAAAGGUGGCAAUAUCGCAGGGAAGACGUGCAGUGUGAAGUUGCGCGAAUUCAAAAAUUUGUUUGAACAGUCAAAAUAAAAUUUGUUAUUUAGAUUUAAAUAA